AUGGUUUCCGCAUUCAAAGCUAUGUAUUCAUCAGUGAAAUCAGCCGUCAGGACACAGCCACAGGACAUCAUUUGGAAGCCGGAUAUUUCACUCAAGAAUUCUGUUAAUUCCUUCACCAGUUUGGGAGCACCUCCUCUAAAUGUCAAUGUAACAAGUACAGGAGGAGUAGAGUGGUCUCCUUAUCAGGUAGUUCAGUCCGCAUGUGACGUAAACAUCCAGUUCUUUCCGUUUGACGUCCAAACUUGUAAUUUGGUCAUAACCGCCUGGAGUUAUUACAAGUCGGACGUGACCCUCUAUCAAAAUUCGGAGAACAUCUAUUUGGCGGAAUACACUCCAAAUAGCAUGUGGGACAUUUAUUCCACAGCUGCAAGUAAAAUCAACACAAACUAUUCAGAGAUUGUGUUUGAAGUCAAGUUGAAACGAAAACCUGGAUUCUACAUCAUCAACAUCAUAGUUCCCGUCAUUCUCUUGUCCAUUCUGAACACGUUUUCGUUCGUACUACCAAUCACGUCGGGUGAACGUGCCAGCUUCUCUGUAACGGUAUUCCUCUCAUUUGCCGUGUUUCUAACCAUCGUCGCCGCGUCAUCGCCCGCGAAUUCCGAUUGCGUCUCCCUACUGUCCGUCUUUUUGAUCCUAAUGACGGUGUCAAGCACGCUUAUUGUGGCUCUGUGUCUUGUGGAAGCACGAUUAGCCAUCCGAAACACGACGGAACGACCUAUUGGCCAUGGAUUCUUGGCAGCGUAUAAGUUAGCCAACAUUCUGAGAUGCAGGACAUGCAGACGUACACAAGUGGUACCAUUAGCUUCGGAUAAUCGUCAAGAAGUCAACUGGAUCGAUAUCGUUGAUUCAAUGGAUUUUCUUCUGUUUAUACUAUUCAUGACAUUGAACCUUCUAAGCGCUGUUAUUAUAUUUGUGACAGCCUCAAGCCACUGA